AUGGGACUGGAGGAGAAUCAGAUCCGACCCUCUACCAUGCCCAUUUUGGGAUUCAAUAGCCACAGAGUCUAUCCGAAGGGCGUCGUUCGAUUAACUGUGGUAGCUGCAGAACGCGCCCUGCCAGUAGACUUCCUCAUUAUAGACUCCACCACGAGCUACAACGCCAUCAUGGGGAGAGGUUGGAUCCACCGGAUGCAGGGGGUAGUAUCCACUCUACAUCAGGUGAUGCGGUGUCAAUCACUCAACGGCCGAUACACCGUCGACAUCAAAGGCUGCCAGAAGCAGGCCAAAAAGUGCUUCCUUACCUUAAAAGAAAUAAAUAGCUCUGUCUCUGCCUCUGCCUCCCAUGAAGACUCUCCUGACAAAUAG